CCCUGGCGGUAUUCCCGAGUGUAGCUCGGGGUAAAGUUUCAGCACCACAAGUGGUAACCCCGAGCUACACUCGGGAAUACUCUGCAGCGUUGUUCCGGGAUCCCUUCUGUACUUACCUUGUCCUGCGCUCCCGCAAUGUCCCUCCUGCAGUGUCCCCUGUAAUGUCCUCCGGCCGAUGCCGGCAUCUGUCUUCCGGGUUCCGUUCCCUGCGAACGUCGGGGGCACGUACGGGGGACAGAACUGGUGCGAAAUUCAAAAAACUAAAAUGUUCAAUACACUAAAAUCACAUAGUAUAACAUUCCUGUAUCAAACCAUUUUUUCACAUACA